AUGGAACAUCCACCCAGAUUUGUAAUCGAGCCAUCGGAAGCCCUGGCCAUGGCGGACUCCGCCGCCGUCACCGUUCCAGAGCUCCUCCCCAAACUGGUCCCCGCCGCCCAGCCCCUUGCCCGGCCCCCCAUCUCAAACUUCCAAGUGGCCGCCGUGGGCCUGGGCCCCUCGGGGCGCAUCUUCGUGGGCGUCAACCUGGAAUUCCCGGGCCUCCCCCUCCACCACGCGGUCCACGCGGAGCAGUUCCUCAUCACCAACCUUUCCCUCAAUGCGGAGCCCAGCCUGGCCUCCUUCGCCGUCUCCGCCGCCCCCUGCGGCCAUUGCCGGCAGUUCCUCCAAGAACUCCGCGGUGCCCCCGACAUCAAUAUCCUGGUGACCUCCCACCCGACGCCGCAAUUCAAUCCUCUCUCUCACUUCCUCCCUCACCAAUUCGGUCCCCACGACCUCCUCUCCCUUCGCGCUCCCCUUCUCUUGGAACCCCGCCACAACGCCUUAACCCUUAACUCCGACAACCUUAACAACAUCAACAACCACGCCGCCAUCUGCAACGGCCACGUCGACAGCCACAAGCUCAAAAUUGCGGCUCUCGAGGCCGCCAACAAAUCCCAUGCACCCUACAGUGGCUCCCCCUCUGGCGUCGCCCUCCUCGACCGCCAUGGCAAUCUUUACAAAGGCUCUUACUUGGAAUCCGCCGCCUUUAAUCCCAGCUUGGGUCCUGUCCAGGCCGCACUCAUCGCCUUCGUCGCCGCGGGCGGCGGCGACUACCACCAGAUUGUCGACGCCAUCUUGGUCGAGAAGGAAGACGCCAUCGUUAAACAGGAGCACACGGCCAGGUUGUUGCUUGGCACCAUUUCUCCAGAUUGCAACUUCAGCACAUUCCUUUGCCAAUGUCAGCCUUCGCCACCCUAA